GCUGUGUAUAUAGGCCGUUUCUUAAUUGCCUUUUGCUUUUGUAGUCAAGGCUAAAACAAAGGCGUGGAAGAACCCCUCGUGCUUUAGAAAAUCCAACCGGCCGGUUUCCCUCUCUCUCUCUCUCUCUCUCUCUAAACCGCCUACAUGCGCUUCUUAAAUGGGCAAAGGCUUAAAGGUGCUAAAUAGGGGUUUUGAGGGCAUCUUUUCUUUUCUUUCCUUUUUUCUCUUCUCUCACUCUUUCUCACACUGUUUUCAGUUAAAGUAGCUAGCUAGGGAGGGAAUUCUGGUGUUUUUUGUGGUUAAAAAGCAGGUUUAUAGCUCAAUCCUACUGUGACAGUUUCCUCUUUUCCUCCCUUUCUUCUUGUUCUUCUUCUUCUUCUACUUAUUGAUAUUUUUCUGAAUUUAUUCUUUUUUUUUCCUCCUCUUAUUCUUCCUUAUCAGUUCUACCAUGGAGAAUAUACCGUAUUCCUAUUCUGGGCAUAUUUUUCAUCUUGGUUUGCUGAGUUUCUUCAUGUAAAUUGAAAUUUUCCUGGCAUGUUCAAGAACAUGAUGUAUUCAAUCUCUCUUCUUUUCAUUGUUAUUAUCUAUUCCAGCGUUUCUUUGUUUGUUCGAUUCUUCAUGUUAUCUGAGUAAUGAACCAGAAUUAGUUCGAGGUUCAUGUCUAGCUAGGAGGAUACUAAUUACGUUUGGAAACCAUAGCCAAAGUAGUUGUUCAUACCUUUGUUAUUAUCUAUUUACUCUUUCCCUUUGUAUAGAUCUCAAUCAAAUCUUUUGAUUUCUCCUAUAUAGAUAGAGAGCUAGCAAAGCUGGGAUAUGAGUACUAGUGAUCUGCCGCCAUACAGGGAUAAAUAUUUCACAGAAGAUUUCAGCUUGAGAGAAAUUAAGAAUUAGAUAGUAUCUAAUAUUUCUGUAGGAAGGGAUCAGCAAGAGCUAGCAAUGAAUAAGAGUGGUAGUAGUACUGUGGGCUCCAUCAGCAGCUCUGAUCUCAUCGAUGCCAAGCUCGAAGAGCAUCAGAUGUGUGGAUCCAAGCAGUGCCCCGGUUGUGGACACAGGCUCGAAGGCAAGCCGGACUGGUUAGGUCUACCUGCAGGAGUGAAAUUUGAUCCUACAGACCAAGAAUUGAUAGAACACCUUGAAGCAAAGGUAGAAGCCAAAGAUAUGAAAUCUCACCCUUUGAUAGACGAGUUUAUCACUACUAUUGAAGGAGAGGAUGGGAUUUGUUAUACCCAUCCUGAAAAACUUCCAGGAGUCACAAGAGAUGGCUUGAGCAAACAUUUCUUCCACAGACCUUCGAAAGCUUACACAACCGGGACAAGAAAGAGAAGGAAAAUUCAAACCGAAUGCGACUUGCAAGGGGGAGAAACAAGGUGGCACAAGACUGGAAAGACCAGGCCUGUAAUGGUGAAUGGCAAGCAAAAGGGGUGCAAGAAAAUACUUGUGCUUUACACCAAUUUUGGGAAAAAUCGCAAACCCGAAAAGACCAACUGGGUCAUGCAUCAAUACCAUCUUGGUCAGCAUGAAGAAGAGAAAGAAGGGGAGCUUGUUGUUUCAAAGAUAUUCUAUCAGACGCAGCCAAGGCAAUGCAAUUGGUCUGAGCGUAGUGCAACCACUGGAGAAGGAAGCAGUGAGCCUAAUAGCAGGAGAGAUAGUGGCAGUGGGAGUUGUUCUUCCUCCCGGGAAAUGAUUCCCCAAAGAGAUCAUGAUCAAGUUUCGCCACCACCUGGGGUUAAUGCUCAUCAAAUGUCAGCUGGUUACAAUGCCAUGGACAUUCAGCAAUUCAAAUCUGAUCACCAUUUUAGCUUUGCCCCGUUCAGGAAAAGCUUUGAUGAGGUAGGAAUAGGAGAGGUUUCAACUGCAAGGGAAGCCCAAGCAUCAGCUGGCACGUGCGAAGAGAUGGGAGAUCAUCACCAGAGGCCACAUCCUAUGGCCCACCAUGAGCAUCAUCACCAACAGCAGCAACAUCACCAUGCGCAUCAGGAGAUUGCGACCACAGCCUUCCACGUCAGCGCCAGGCCUUCACUUCCCAUUUCCACCAUCAUCUCUACACCUCCCCUCCACCACACAUCCAUUAUUAAUCUCGAUCAAGACCCGUACCACAUCUCCAGAAUAAUGCUCGAGAAUGAAAAUUUCCAGCAGCAGCAGCAGCAGCAACAGCAUUCGCAGCAGCAACAGCAUCAUAAACUGGGAGCUGGGAGGUCUGCAUCUGGUUUGGAGGAACUCAUCAUGGGUUGCACUUCAACUAACAUCAAAGAAGUGAGUAUGAAUUUUUUGAUCCCGAAAUCCGGAGACCCAUAUUUGUCAUAAUUAAUUCUACCGAAGGAGAAAAGAAAGAAAAGGAAUCAUCCAUCCAAAACCCUCAAGAGGCAGAAUGGUUGAAGUAUUCGUCCUUCUGGCCUGACCCUGACAACCAGGAUCAUCAUGGGUAGGAGCAAAAAAACAACAGAGAAUAAACAACACCCAUGCAUACAGACAACAUCAUUACCAUCAUCAUUAGUACUCGAAACGUUCCUCAAUUCUUUUCAACACGAGACCAAGAAAACCAUGCAAAGUCAUUUUCUUUCAUUUUACUGGGGGCCUGGCUAAGCUCUGGUGGCUCUCAACCGAACUAACUGCAUGUGAAACAGUCCUGCAUGUUGGAAAGAAAGAGAGACUCAAAGAAAAAACAAAGAAAAAGAAAAGAAACCUAGAAAGGCUGCACCGUCUUCUGCCAAACGGAAGAGAACCAAGGGCCCAAAAGAAAUACAGCCCUGCAUGAAAAUCAUCACCAUUAUGAUUACAAUAUCAUCUUUAUGGAUAUUCUUUUUGUUUUAUUAUUUUAAGAUGUUUGUAUAAUCUCUCUUUCUUGUUCUUUAUAAACAAUAUACCAGAGAGAGUUUGUGGAAAUUGCAAAAAUACUUUAAUUGUUAAUUGUUCUGUCAUUACUC